AUGGCGUCAGUUAGCAGCAGUGACAAAGUCGUUUCUUCUCAGUCACUCAUGGUGGAAACAACCGCCAUCGGAACCCUAACAUAUGUGCUGCCUUUACCUACUCUUCCAUUCGAUCUGAUUGUGGAAAUUAUGUGCAGACUUCCGGUAAAGCUACUAGUGCAGCUUCGGUGCCUUGGCAAAUCCUUCAAUUACCUAAUUUCAGAUCCGAAAUUCGCCAAGAAGCACCUUCGUUUAUCAAUCAAGCGCCACCACCUCAUAGUAUGCCCUGCCGACUUGUCAUCUCGGGUAAUUCUCUAUGAUUCCCCAAUUUCCUCUUUUUUUUCAAAAUCUGGGGUUACUCAGACACAACUCAGUUACCCUAAAUUUCAAUUCGAAAAUCCUACCAACAUAAGUUCUUGCGAUGGAAUCCUUUGCCUCACCAUAGAUGAUGGUUCCGCUAUUUUGUGGAACCCUUCCAUCAGAAAAUUAACAAAAUUGCCUCCUUUUUUUGUGAAAGGGGAGAAAAGUUUUUGGUAUUCCGCAUAUAGCUUUGGGUAUGACCGUUUCACUGAUGAGUAUAAGGUCUUCGUUGUUUCCCUUCUUAAUUACGAAAGGAAAAUAGAAGUUAGUGUUCAUACUUUGGGCACUGAUUAUUGGAGAAGGAUACAAGACUUCCCAUUUAAAAAUGCUAUUCGGUACAGUGGAAUAUUUGUGAGUGACACUGUUAAUUGGUUGACUACUGAUCUUUCAAAAUCAAAUUGUGAUGAAAUUGUUUCUCUUGAUUUGGUGAACGAGUCCUACCAAAUACUUUCGAGCCCUGAUUUGAAUAGGGAAUCUUGGCGUUUGUCGAUGGGAGUGUUGAGGGACUGCUUGUGCCUCUCUGCAAGUAGUACUUGUGAUAUGUUUUUUGAUGUUUGGGUUAUGAAGGAAUAUGGAAAUAUAGAUUCUUGGACUAAAUUAUACAGUGUUUCUUACGUUGGAACUCAGAUUCCCCAAGCAUAUGCGUUAGUUCUGUAUAUUUCUGAGGAUGACCAAAUGGUAGUGGAUUUUAUUGGGCAGCGCCAGGGGAGUAACAAACGGAUGGUCACUAUGUAUGAUUCCAAAAAUGGUACUUUGAAUAUUCUUGAUAUUCAAAAUAUCAAUCAUUUCAGUUUCUUUACCCUAGUUGUCUACAACGAGAGUUUGAUAUCACCUUAA